AAGAGAAAGAGAUAAAUAGACGUAUAGAGAGAGAAAAUGGGUUCCAUUGCUAUGUUAGAGAAGCCUCAUGCAGUAUGCAUACCAUACCCAGCUCAAGGCCACAUAAACCCCAUGCUAAAACUAGCCAAACUACUCCAUUUCCAAGGCUUUCACAUCACCUUUGUCAACACAGAAUUCAACCAUCAACGCCUCUUGAAAUCCCGAGGGCCCGACUCUCUCAACGGCCUCUCAUCGUUUCGGUUCGAAACCAUUCCCGACGGCCUUCCUCCGUCGGAUGCCGACGCCACCCAAGACAUCCCCUCCCUGUGUGCCUCCACCACUAAGCACUGCUUAACUCCGUUCAGAGAACUCCUCUCGAAACUCAACGACACCACUUCGUCCAACGUACCUCCGGUCACCUGCAUUGUUUCUGAUGCAAUCAUGAGCUUCACUGUCGAAGCUGCCGAAGAACUGGGCAUCCCUGAAGUCCUCUUCUGGACAGCAAGUGCUUGUGGCUACAUGGGUUAUGCCCAGUAUCCUAAUCUCAUUGAAAAGGGUUUUGCUGGAUUCAAAGGUACGAGUUUGGAUGCCGUUAUAGAUUGGAUACCAGGCAUGGAAGGUAUACGUCUGAAGGAUAUUCCAACUUUUAUUAGAACCACAGACCCAGAUGAAUUUAUGAUAAAGUUCGUCAAUAAUGAAGUUGAGAGAGCUAAAAGAGCUUCUGCUAUUAUUUUCAACACGUUUGAAGAACUUGAGCAUGACGUUGUGGACGGACUAUCGUCCAUGUUUCCUCCAAUUUACACAAUUGGACCUUUACAUUUACUCAUCAACCAAGUUGACAAUGAUGAUUUGAAGCCUAUAGGAUCUAAUUUAUGGAAAGAAGAGGCAGAAUGUCUUUCGUGGCUCGACACGAAAGAACCCAACUCUGUUGUUUACGUAAAUUUUGGAAGCAUUGCUGUCAUGACACCCAACCAACUGGUUGAGUUUGCUUGGGGACUUGCUAAUAGCAACCAGACCUUUUUGUGGGUGAUAAGGCCUGACCUUGUCUCCGGGGAUUCGGCUAUCCUUCCACCGGAAUUCUUGUCCGUCACCAAAGAAAGGGGCUUAUUAGCAAGUUGGUGUCCACAGGAGCAAGUUCUAAUCCACCCGUCGAUUGGAGGGUUCUUAACUCACAAUGGGUGGAAUUCAACGCUUGAAACCAUAAGUUGUGGAGUGCCCAUGAUCUGUUGGCCAUUUUUUGCAGAGCAGCAGACCAACUGUUGGUUCUGCUGCAAUAAGUGGGGCAUAGGCAUGGAGAUAGAUAGUGAUGUGAAGAGAGAUGAAGUUGAGCUUCUUGUUAACGAGUUGAUGGUUGGGAAUAAGGGAAAAGAAAUGAAGAAGGAGGCAAUGGAGUGGAAGAAAUUGGCUGAAGAGGCAAGCACAAGUUCAGCUGGGUCAUCUUACAUGAAUCUACAGAAAAUGAUAAACCAAGUGCUUCUCUGUCCAAAAAAAUUGAACUAAUUAAUUAGUAGUUGUUCCUUUUUUUUCAAUUAAUUUGAACCACAGAGUUUGUAACAUGAUAAUUUGGAGUUUUUUUUUUUGCGAAAUUUUUUGUUUGCUUGUUU